AUGACCGUCGGCGCCUUCUCCGAAUGGCGCAAGCUGCCCGUGAGCCUCAAUGAGUUGUGCAUCAACACCACGUUACGCUGUGGUCAAUCCUUCCGAUGGCACAAUGUCCCAGACAGUGAUGAAUGGCGUUGUGUAAUUCACGGUCGUCUUCUCUCCCUCCGACAAGACCCCAAUGAUCUCUACUACCGUACCUAUCGCCCAUCAAAAUCGCCCUCCUCCCCUAAUGGCAACAAUAAGAAUGAAGAUGACACCACCACCACAACCAUCACCUCCCUCCUAACCAAUUACUUCAACCUCUCCGCCAACCUCACAACCCUCUACACCGAAUGGUCCGCCAACGACCCCAAUUUCCGUAAAAAAGCCCCCCAGUUCACGGGCAUCCGCAUCCUGCGCCAGGAUGCCUGGGAGGCCCUGGUCUCCUUCAUCUGCAGCAGCAACAACAACAUCGCGCGCAUCUCGCAGAUGGUCGAGAAGCUGUGUCUCAACUACGGCCCGCAUGUCGCCUCCAUUGGCGGGCGCGCCUACCACGGUUUCCCGGCCCCGGAGGCCCUCACGGCGGAUGACGUGGAAGGGAAGCUGCGGAGCUUGGGGUUCGGGUACCGCGCAAAGUAUAUCUACCAGACGGCGGUGAUGGUGGCCAAGGAGCGGGAGCAGGGGUGGUUGGAUUCGCUGCGGAAUCCGGAGAGUCCGGCUUGGGGGACGGAGGCGGCGGGCGGUGGAGAGAUGAGGCCCGAGGGGAGGGAGGGGUAUCGCGAGGCGCAUGAGAAGUUGCUGGAGCUGCAGGGGGUCGGGCCUAAGGUUGCGGAUUGUGUGUGUUUGAUGGGGCUGGGUUGGGGGGAGGCGGUGCCGGUUGAUACGCAUGUUUGGCAAAUCGCUCAACGGGAUUAUAAGUUCGGGAAAGGCUCGCACAAGUCCCUUACAAAGGCUACGUAUGAUGCGGUAGGGAACCAUUUCCGCAAGCUUUGGGGGAAGGAGGCGGGGUGGGCGCAUAGUGUGCUUUUCACGGCGGAUUUGAAGACGUUUUCGGAUCGGUUGGCUGCUACGAAGGUGAAAGUCAAGGUGAAGGAGGAUGUCGAAGUCAAGGGGGAGGAUAUUCGGGUCAAGGAGGAGGAUGUCGAAGUCGAAACGAAGGUCACGAUGGCAGUGCCCUUGAAGAGAUCCUUUACGGAGGACGAGGUGAAGACCGAGGAUGAUGAGGAGAAAGUGGAUACGAAGCCUACUGUUGUGCAGGCCUCAAGCACGAGGAGGAUGUCGAAGCGGCUUCGGAACCGCUGAACCACAACCCCCUACUGCAUCUUAUAUUCAUAUUCUUGUAUAUAUUAGACCAGAGAACUUAU